AUGUUUGUUUGCAUUUGCAGAAAAAAGUUAUUUAAAAUUAAAGUUAAUAAAAUCAUAUUUAAGAUAGAAUAUGUCACAAAGAAGAUUAAGUGA